GCUCCAGGACCUACAGUGCCAGUGCCUAAUGAUCUCGAGCUUGUGUGUCUUUCUGUUACCGCUCUACACGCUUUUACCUCGCCUGUCCGUUAUAAGUUGUGCCUUUCUUUGCUUUCUGCUUGUGAAUGACUGCGGUUAUUACACCUUCUUUUCUAUUCCUCGCUAUAUGUGUUCUAUCUUCGCGAGUGGCGGUAAAGGGCACUCUUGCCGCCCCACCAACUGCAGCGGAGCAACAACUCGAUGUUGAGAAUUAUGCUCCUUAAUCUUCGAGAGGAAGGAUUCGUUGGAGAUGCCCGUCGUUAGGUUGGGAAAAUGGCGUUGUGGCAGCUCAUGAUGCUACCCGCGGCUAAAGAGGUCGGCGGCUGUCGGUUGGGGCAGAGGUUUGCCGUGUGGGAGAUGUGAGCACCGUGGAGCUGAGCCAUGGGAUGUCGAUGUAUUGGAUGCGCGACGAGGUAGUUAACUAUCUUCUUGUUCUUGCAUCCCAUUCAAGUGAAGGCAACGCAGCUGCAUGAUUUGGUCGUGAGAUCCAGGUGCCAGCGUCUGUUAAGCUGUUGAAGUUGGAGGAUCAUUGCUUGAGGAGACAGAUAGAGAGGCAGGCACUGUCUGCGCCACUGACCUGCGUCUUGCUGCACAUCUCUCUGCCUCAGGGUUUCUUCCAGUCCAUCCAGUCUCGCUGCCUCCAAGCCAACUGUCUAUUCUGCCCUCUCACUUCUUCGCAGGCCAACUCGGAGUUUUUGCUGGGUUCUGGCUGGAUUCCGUCAGAGCCACAACCCCUCGUCAAAGCGUUGAGAUUUUACCCUUGUUUCUGUAUUCUGUGCCGCUUUGUCCCCUUUCCCCUCUGUGUCUAUCUAUCCUUCAAACCUCAGUACCAUGUCCGAUCGCCCCUUGACCCGAACCCAAGUUCAUCCUCAAGAAGAUGUGCCGCAAGGCCAUCCGAAGGGGCCGGCUGUUCAACCUAAGGAUGACUUCAACUGUGAAAUCGUCCCUGAUGAUGACAUUGAAGUUUAUGAUCAUGCACUGAACGGGCCCCAAAGUCCUUCAGCCACUUCGGUUUCGAUAUCAGUUGACGAGACCCCCAUCUCUAAGAGCCUGGCCCAAGCCCGGGCUAAAUCCUACACAUCGAACCAACUUCCAACGGCUGCGUCAAAAUGUUUUCAGAGACCAAAGAUCUCAGCGCACAAGGCAGAGCUAACUGGGUUUUCGUUCAUGCCUGCAAACUUCAAACCGAUCGCCAUCAAGCCCUCACGGGAAGAGAAACCUGCAAUUCUACCGUUGCCACAACAAUGUGAAGCCACCGAAUUCCAAUAUGCGGCUCCGAGAUCAGUUUCGUCUGCUAGAACCGAGCGGCCUUUUGCUGUGCACGCCAAUGAGCCUGGCGAGACCUCUAAGGCUUGUGGCAAUGGCGAAGAUCAAGAGCGGCAUCCUUCAAGAAUCCAUCCAGGGGCUGAUCUUACCGAACGUAUCCCCACAAAAAUGACCCACCUCCCAGAGGCCUCUGAUCAGGGACAUCAAGAAGCAGAGGUAGAGUCUCAUCGACUCGCAGAUCAAUGCUCAUUGGAGGAUGCGGUGCCGCAAUCAGUGUCAAAAAUGGAGAUUGACGGAGACGAAUCGGAGACCGAGCAUAUGGAGAGCGAUUCUAAGCAAGUCAAGGCUGCUCCAUGUCAGCAAGAAACUGCAGCCGCGGACAGUCCUGGUCAGAAUGUCGUCGACGAGACAACAGAAGGCUCCAAUAUUGACACUCGGACUCCGUCAACGCCGUACACCCUUCGGCAACGGCAAGGCCAAGCCGGAAAAUCAUCCAUACAUGCAUCAAGGGUGCACAAGACGCCAGCACGGCACCCCGGACGGCACCAAGCACGCCAACUGCAGCUUCCAGUUAGACCGCGGCACACCAACGUCAGCCGUUCGCAACCGUCUGAAGAGGACCUGUUGUACAUUCUCAUGGCACGUGCCCGAGAAUCAUCCCGAGCCAUGAAUAGGCUAGCUUUCCUUGAAGAACAAAACCAACAACUUGCACGCGAGCAGGAGAUCAAGGAUCAAGCACUCGAGCAAGCGAUGGCCGCGCAGAGCGAGAGUGCACAACAGCAGGACACUCUCGCCCGGGCACUAGAAAAAUUCAAGGAGAAAUAUUACAAGCUGAAAAAGUGGGCUCUUGAGGCCAACAAGGAUUGUGAGGUCCUCCAGACCAAAGCACUGCAGUUCAAGGAAUUGCUAGGUAAUGUGAUCAAGGACAGGGAUGAAAUUCUUGCGCAGCUGCGAGAUGCCCGGUCUACGUCCGAAGCAGUCAGCAGCCGGAUAGAACACAUAUGGUCUGACGUCCAGGAUGUUACUGCUGUAACGCAGACAAACUUUUCCACGAUCGAACGGAUGGAUGGUAUCCUUGUGGCCCAAGAAGAGCAUCUACGCAGUGAAAAGCAAAGGUGCCGCAAGCUGGAGACACAUAUAGUGUUUCUGGAGCAUGAAAGAAACAAACGUGACGCUCGACUGCAGAUUCAAGCCAAGUCCCUGGAAGAAACAGUACAAGGUUUCUCAGACCGGGUUGGCGCUCUGGCAAACAGGAAAGCCAACGACGACAUGGAGAAAUCCUGGCUUAUGGAAUGCCAGACGAUGUUCCAAGGACUACUUGACAGAAGUAUGUGCACCAACUCCGCUAUGGAUGGUCUCAAAGACACUUUAAACUCUAUGAAGGAUCUUUUCAAUGCUCACACGACCACAAACUCCGAAUCCUUGCAAUCGGCGGUGGAAGCUCUCAAACACCAGCUGCAGCAAGACAUAUCAAAGCAAGCCGCUAAGCUCUCAUUGGAAGUUCAAUCCGGCAACAAAGAAGUUGUCCAAGCACGAGCAGAGAUUGCUCGGUUGCAACAGAAGUCAGAACAGGUCGAUGGCAUCCUCGAGCAUCUGCGGCAUGAUAAAACGGCUGCAGAAGACCGAGAGCAUUUCUUGCAAAACACCACUUCAAGAUUGAUGGAACAUUUGGGCGGAACCAGAGAAGCCAUGCAGAAGCAGUCUGUCGAAUUGCGUGGCGAGCUAAGUGCGCUUGUUACAAAGUGGGAGUCCGCCUGUUCUCAGUUGGCGGAAGGCAAGCGGCACAUAGCUGAGAUGGAGAAAGAGCUUGAGCGUGCGAAGCUGGAGCUGGCUGAGAGUGGCAAGAGUCGAAAACUGCUCGAGGAAGAACUCGACAAGCUCCGCGACGAAAUGGCUGACGCUCAACAACGUGCGGAACACGGUCAUAAAGACGAGGUGAAAUUGCUCGAGCUUCAGUUGGAAACUUUCAAAGAAGAAUUGGACUACCAGCGUCGCAAAAGGGAAACUGCGGAAGAAGACGUCCAAGCAAUGAGGCUAUUGCAGUCUGACAUGCAGCAGAGCCUUGAGAAAGCCGAAGCCGAAAAAAGCACUGCUCUCAAGGAAGGUCUCAGCUUGCAGAAGAAGGUGGAAGGACUAGAAGCAAGCCUAACACUGGCUCGUGUGAGUGAGGGUCUGCUGGAAGAAGCAAAGACUCGUCUGGAAGCGAAAACCACCGAAGUGGCCGAGCUGAAACAUGUUGUCAAGGACCACGAGAACCUGAAGAGAGACCUUUUGAAUCGUCAACGUGAGCUCAAUGCUAAAGACUCGGAAUUGAAGGCCUGUCAGGACCAACUUUGUGAGUUGCAAAACAAAUCCGGACGGCUGGAAGAACAGAUCAGGGAGCAGCAGAAGCUCCUGAAGGAGAAGGACCAGCUACAAGUCGAACUAACAGCAAGCCGGCUAGAGCUGGUUGGCAUGGCGAACCUGAAGCAAGAACUUGAACACCACGUCGCGAGUAUUGCCAGAUUACAGUCGGCUCUUGCUAUCGCGGAGAAGGACGCCGCUGAAGCGAGCCACCUCAAGGCACACAACUCCUCGCUGAAUGACCAGAUUGACACCCUUACAUUAGAUCUCAAGGCCGCCCAAGAACAAAACGAGCAAAUCACUACUCUUAAGGCGACCGCUGAGCGGAUGGAAGACGAGAUCGCAGCUCUCAAGGCGACAUCGGAGCAAAAAGAAGAUGAGAUCAUAGCUCUCAAGGCGACAGCUGAGCAGAAGGAAGCCGAGAUUGACACUCUCAAGGCAACGUCUGAGCAAAAGGAAGACGAGAUCACAACGCUCAAAGGAACAGCUGAGCAGAGGGAAGCCGAGAUCAACAAUCUGAAAGAGAGGCUCGAGUUGUUCGAUACACAAGCGGAUGCACUCCAGAGCGCCAAGGAAGAACUGCAGCGCAAGGAGGAGAAUAUUGCAACCAUUCAGCAGCAAGUAUUGACACUCGAGGGUGCUCUGUCCAAAGCCAUGCUACACAAGGAAACGAAUCCCCCGGAAAGUACGAGAAGAGUUGCGGAUCGCUCAGGUAGCCGGGUCGGGCUGUCUAACAAUGGCCCCGUUGUGGCACAUGGCCUCGUCAUGGCAUCAUCUCCCGGUGUUGGAGAGGACACAGCCUGUGCGUUUCCACAACAAUUGACUGGGCCCUCGGUCAUACCUGAGACUCAGUCCGCAACUCUUCAGGAAAAUGAACAGUACCAAGUUGAGUCUGCGACACAAAGGCCCCAGCAACACGAUGAUGCCACCUCCGAACUGAGCGAGUAUACCAGUAAUGCCUCAGACCAUGAACCUGGAGUUAAUAACAUUAUCCGCAAGAAAAAUACCAAUAUGCGUGCUGGAAGGCAAAAGCAGAAAAACACCCAACCUGGGAACAGUCAAACCAAAGGUCAUUGUCAACUUACCGGACGCACUCCGUCCAGCUCUUAUGGCUCACAGAAUGACCAAAUGUUGCUGGACCAAAUGGCCCAAGAGGAGGAUUCGCUUGAGGAGAUCUCACGUCUUUUGUCCGAAGCUGGUGACGAUGAAGAUAGUCUAUCUUGGGAUAGGAGUGCGUCAAAAUCGGGCCGAAGCCCGAGGCCAGUGACAAGAAGUUCUCAGACACGUCGACCUGCCAUGACACCUACUCCGGACACAAGUCCAGGAACAAAUACACCAAGGGAGUCCACGCCUGCCGUCAUGAGAGAACGCUACCCGCCGAAUUCGGCGGCGAAAAGAAAAGUGGACAAUGACGACAAAGAUACCCAGCAAGAGCGAACGCGCCGACUGAAGCGCAGACCUGCGAACCUCGAAAUCAGACCGCCGCGCAGUUCGGCUCCGAAACCCCCAUCAGGAGAACAAAAUGGCUCGGGAGUUACUCUGAACUACAGAAAGAGCAGUAGCGUGGUGGGAACCAAUGCUCCAGCUCCAGGGAAAGGUCAACGGUCGUCCAAACCAGCCAGGAGAGGGUCUCGACAGGACAAAUAUAACAAUCGGUUUGCUGCAUAACUGGGGAGAAGCAAAGAUUGAGAAGCGUCAUGAAGUGCAAUUUGGUAGUCAUUGAGUAUCUGAUACGGAUCAAAAGGAGAAUGAGUUGCAUGCGAUUUUGGGGAACAAAAGGCUCAACGUCGGGUUCUUGAUGGGUUUGCUGGUUGAGCAGGUACACGGAGUGGCCAUAGACAUACUAGCUAACGGCAGAUUUGAGUUUCCGCUAUGCAAUUAAGAUGGUCAUUUGUGAAAUCAAACUGUGG